CCCCGAGACACACGGGCACCUUGCCACCCGCCCCAAACAUUCUCUGGAAAGAGCCCUGCCCCACGUAUCACACACUCCAUCGGCAUACAGUACAGUAUUGAUCAAUUGCACACAUGCUGACAUGCCCUAACUUCAUAGCCGCUAGUCAAUUCGAGCGCCCCCACCGUUCACCUUCUACUGAAGGCAACCUGAAGCCACAAUUGCGGCAGUGGAAAUGGCUGAUGGGAGUGUGGCAGAAAUGCCUCCAGAAGCACCGCCACCAGAUCCAGCCGACGGCGACGCUGCGGCGGCGGCGAGCCAAUCAGAAACCGCAGCAGAGGAAAUGACACAACCUGGCAAUUCCACGGCGGCGGAAACUGCAUCCGCCGCCAGUCAGUCCGGGGGGCACGCGCACGGCGCAGCCGCUAGCGGAGAAGGCGCAGGCGAAAUUUCCGCCGCGGAAGCUCUCCCUUCCGCCGGUCCCCCGAUUUCUGGCGCGCCGCGAUCCUCCUCGGGACGCGGCAGCCGCGACGCGCCGCUUGGUGCAGAGGAUGAGCUUUCCGCCGCCGACGUGCACUACUUUGCGGAAACGCUCCGCCAAUGGCACGGCCGAACGGACACCCCGCGCUGCCCCGCCGCGGGGGCAUACCGCCGCCCCUCCGUCGGGGGGAGGCCCCGCGGCAUUCCUCUGCAGAUGUCCGCCCCGGUCGGGGGAAGCGCCGCCAUGCGCGGAGCGGCGGCGGCGUUCGGAGGUGCGGCGGCGGCGGGGGAGAAGAAGAAGAAGGAGGAGGAGCAGCCGCUGUUGGUGAAAGGCGCGGCGGAGGCGAAAUGCGCCGGGGCAGCGCGGGGUGGGGCAGCUGGCGCGGCCGCAGGCGCAGGCGGCGCAGGCGCGGGGGAGGGGGACGAUGGCGCGGAGUUCGACUACGGAAAGCUGCGGGGAGCGCUGAUGGGACUGGCGAAGGACGUGCUGGUGGAGCUGUGGAUCGAGCAGCACGCGCGGCUCGUGGAAGUGGGCGAGCGAGAGGCCGCCAGGGAGGCGUACACAGGCAUCAUGGAGCGCGCGCAGCAGCUGCAGCGCAUUUCCUUCCGCAUCCCGUCGAAGCGGGAGGGGCUGACGGGCAUCGACCUGCUGCUGCGCGACGGGCUGCUCGCGUUCCUCGUCAAACUCAGCGAGUACAUCCCGCCCAUGCCGGAGCAGGUGGUGAAGCUGCAGAAUGUGACGUACACCGCCAAGAUCCAGCGCAAGCAGGAGGGGUACGAGACGGUGGGGUCGAAGCUGCUGGGCUGCUUCCUGCCGUGCCUCUCCCCGCCCGCCCCCUGGGAGAACUUCAACGUGCUCUCGGACCUCUCUGCUUACUUCAUGCCUGGUUCUCUCACCCUCAUCUGCGGACCCCCUGGCUGCGGCAAAUCGGCCUUUCACAAGGCCAUAGCGGGCCGGCUGCAUGAGUCCAAGGCCCUGAAGCUGUCUGGCGAGGUGACGUACAACGGGCGGGUGUGGCAGGACGUGCAGGUGCGGCGCAUGGCGGCGUUCGUGGGGCAAACGGACGAGCACAUCCCCACGCUCACUGUCAUGGAGACGUGCAAGUUCGCGCAGGAGUGCGGGCGGCUGUUCACGCCGAAAGACUACGAGCCCAUGCAGGGGCUGGUGGAGAUGGUGCGCACGGAGUUUGGCGGCAUGGACCUGAAGCUUGAGUUCACGCUGCACCUGCUGGGGCUCAAGGCUGCGGAGGACACCAUAGUGGGUAGCCGCACUGUGCGCGGCGUCAGCGGGGGGGAGAGGCACCGUGUGACCACCGCAGAGAUGAUGUCGGGCAUGUUUGUGGUGAUGGCGUUCGACGAAAUCAGCACGGGGCUGGACAGCAGUGCAACGUACGACAUCGUGUCAGCCAUCCGCACCAUCGCCCGCGUGCGCCACACCACCAACGCCUUCUCGCUGCUGCAGCCACCACCCGAAGUCUUCAACCUCUUCGACCGGGUGAUAGUGCUGAGCGAGGGCAGCAUCAUCUACCAGGGGCCUCGGGCCGACGUGCUCGCAUACUUUGAGGGGCUGGGGUACCGUAAGCCUCCCCAUGUGGACGUGGCGGAUUUCAUUCAGGAGAUUCCAACAGAGUCAGGUGUGGAGUUUGUGGCACCUGGCGCCACCCACCUGAGCACAGCGCAGCUGGUUGAGGCGUACCGCAACUCGUGGCACUACAGGGACGUGAUGCGCGUGGUGGAGGGGGAGAAGGUGUGCAAGUCCGUGUGGGUGGAGGUGCAGCCCCCGAUCGACUUGGGCUUCUCCCUCUCUGGUGACUCAGUCACCGUCUCAAGUGUGCCGGCCCACUGCCACCUCUCCCAGCCCGACAUCACGUGCACUGACACGGUGCAGCAAGGGGACACUGUCACCGGGCUGGCGCUCCCAGGGGAGGUCAUGCAGUAUGCUAAGGCUGGGUGUGGGGGAGAAGGAGGAGGGGAAGGAGGGGGGAAGGGUGGGGAUGGGGAGGGUUGUGAGGAGCUGCCAGCGCACGCCAAGUUCGAGCAGGAGUACGCCAUCCCGUGGUGGGCCAGCACCAAGCUGGUGGUGGCGCGGCAGUUCAAGGUCGCCACGCGCAACACCUCCUUCCUCAUCGCGCGCGGCAUGCAGGUGCUGAUCCUGGGCAUAUUCACGGGCACUGUGUUCUACCGCAUCCCCAACACCAUCUCCACGGCCACCAUGCAGCUGCGCCUCUCCAUCGCCUUCGCCGCCACCAUGGCGCUCGCUCUGGGGGGCUUUGCGCUCAUCCCCAACAUCAUCGAUGAGCGGCAGGUGGUGGAGAAGCAGAUGGGCGCGCGGUUCUACCGCUCGAGCUCCUAUGUCAUCGCCAGCACCAUCUGCAACCUGCCGUUUUCGCUGGCUGAGGUGCUGAUCUACGGCCCUCUCGUGUACUGGCUGACGGGCAUGAGCGCAGCGGAUGGCGCGUCCCACUUCUUCCUCUUCCUGCUGCUGCUGCUCGCAGUGGACGUCAUGGGCGCCACGCUCAUCCGCCUCGUCGCCUCCGUCAGCACCUCCAGGGAGAUGGCGUCGAGCCUCGCAGGUCUGGUGGUGAUCACCUUUCUGCUCUUCACGGGCUUCCUGCUGACCAAGCCCAACAUCCCCGCGUGGUGGAUCUGGAUGUACUACGUCAACCCGCUGCAGUACGGCGUCACCGCCAUCUGCAUCAACGAGUUCCUCUCGGGCUCCUACAACGAGCCCUGCAGCACAGUCAACACCACCACCGCGGCCUUCUGUCUCAACAAGCCUGGCAGCACCACAGCCGGAGAAGCCUUCUUACAGUUCUUCGGAAUGCCCUCCUCCUUCGGUGCCGUCUGGUACUCCCUCGCCGCUCUCCUGGGAUUCACUGCCCUCUUCAUCUCCCUCACCUUCCUCGCUGUUGCUCGCAUUCGGUUCAACGAGAAUAAGACGCCGCCCGCCAGCCGCCUGCCGCCCCGGCCGCCCCAGCGGAACGUGUUUCAGAAGGCGGUGCGGGCGGUGAAGAAGCAGAUGUCAUCAGAGGAGAAGGGGAAAGAGGAGGAGGAGGGGGGCGAGGCGGAGGAAGCAGAGGCAAUGAUCGAGAGGGAUGCCGCUGCUGCUGAGCCUGCUGCUGCUGAUGGUGCGGAGGAGGAUGGAGGGACGAAGGCGGCCCCUCAGUCACGAGUCAAAUUCACGCCAACUACUCUGUCCUUCCACGACCUGCUCUACGAGGUGGACGUACCGGGCAUGAGUGAGCCCAAGGUGCUGCUCAACAGUGUGUCUGGCUUCGUGCGCCCUGGCACCAUGACUGCCCUCAUGGGCUCCUCAGGCGCGGGCAAGACAACCCUGUUGGACGUGUUGGCGGGGCGCAAGACCAUCGGGCGCACCCGGGGGGACAUCCUGGUCAACUCCUUCCCCAAAGUGCAGGCCACGUUCGCCCGCAUCUCCGGCUAUGUGGAGCAGAGCGACAUCCACACUCCCUUCAUCACCAUCCGCGAGUCGCUGCAGUUCAGCGCCGCUCUGCGCCUGCCCUCCACCACCUCGCCCGCUGACAGGGCGCUCGUGGUGCAGGAGGCCAUGGACCUGCUGGAGCUGCACGACAUAGCGGACACCCUAGUGGGGUUCAUCGGCAUCAACGGGCUGACAGUGGAGCAGGCGAAGCGGCUGACCAUAGGCGUGGAGCUGGUGGCCAACCCCAGCGUGCUCUUCCUGGACGAGCCCACCAGUGGGCUGGACAGCCGCGCUGCCGACAUUGUCGUGCGGGGAAUCAGGAACAUUGCUGGCACAGGGAGGAGCACCAUCUGCACGAUCCACCAGCCGAGCCGGCGGCUCUUCUUUGCGUUUGACUGGCUGUACCUCAUGAAGCGCGGGGGCGAGGUCGUCUACUUCGGCCCCAUCGGCCACAACGGCUGUGACCUCCUGAGCUACUUCGAGUCCUUGCCUGGCCUGCCCAAGUGCCGGGACGACCAGAACCCUGCUACCUACAUGCUGGAGAUGAUAGGGGCAGGCAUAGGCCAUGCGUCCAUGCGCGACUUUGCGCUGGACUACGCGGAGAGUGUACUCGCAGCAGACAACCAGGACCAGCUGGAUGCCAUUCGCUAUGGCAAGGGCGAGUACGGCCCGGAGCCGUCGGUGCGCGGGUAUGCGGCGUCGUGGGGCACGAUGACGCGCAUGGUGUUCCUCAGGCAGUUCCACACGUACUGGCGCAACGUGUCCUACAGCUUUGGGCGGAUCAUGUUCUCCAUCAUUCUUGGGCUCAUUCUCGGCAGUGCCUUCUGGCAGAUCAACUACACCACCAUACCCGGCUUCGCAUCCCGCCAGGGCCUCAUCUACGUGGCUCUGGUUUUCGUUGCUGUGGUCAACGCCAACAACGUCAUUCCGCAGGUGAACGCAGAGCGGCCUGUGUACUACCGAGAGAAGGCGUCCAACAUGUACUCCGCGUUCCUCUACAACCUCUCCUGGGGACUUAUAGAGAUGCCCUACCUCGCGCUGACGACGCUCAUCUUCUGCAGCAUCUGCUUCGGCAUGGCGGGCGUGGCCACGGGCAGCGCUAGCGACUUCUUCCUCUUCUGGGUCAACUUCUUCCUCUACUCCGCGUGCAUCACCUACUAUGGCAUCUUCAUGGCCAUGCUCACGCCCAACGCCGAGACGGCCACUGUGAUCAUCCCCGUUAUAGUCAACAUCUGGAACAUCACAUCGGGCUUCAUGAUCCCCAAGACCGAGAUCCCCGGCUUCUGGGUGUGGCUGUACUACCUCAACCCCACCCAGUUCGCCCUCAACUCUCUCCUCUCCGUCGCCUUCUACUGCGACACCACCACCCCCGGCGCCCCUUGCGCUGUUGCCGGCUGCUCUAACAACCCGGCUGUCUGUCCCAGCUGCACAUGUGCUCGGCUCUCGGAUCAAGGGGAUGUGCUGGUGUGGAGUGUGGCAGAGCCACAGCGGUCGCUGAAUAGAGGCAAUGUGGGGUACAAUGUGCUCGCGCUGCUGGCUUUUAUUGUCGUGUUCAGGGGGGGGGCGUAUCUCGGGCUGCGCUUUAUCAAGUAUAACCGGCGCUAGGUGGGGCGCUGGAGUGGUGUAGUAGUAGCGUAGCUGGUGCGGUGGAUGUGGGAUUGGGAGGUGCGUGGGGAAUGGAGUAGAGUAGAUGUGGAAGACUGGGGUCCAUGGGGGGUCAAAAGGCUUAUGUGCUUCAUGGAAAUAAAGCUUAGUAUAGCUGCUUUGUUGAUAGGUUGGUUGGGCUGUAGGAGCACCAAUAUGGCAAUCAGUGUGUCCACCUUGUUUCCAUUUAUUUAGACCAGUUAGCCCUUGCCUCGUAAUCCUCUAUCUAGGCCAGGGCUCAAAUUAGCCGGGUAA